AUGAUACAAAGACUUUAUUUCAUUAUUUUGUUAUUAACCUUUAUUUCUAUAGUUGCAGCAAUAUGCAACUACAAUACAAAAUGCCAUUGCCGUGUUGGCUUGCAUCAAGGGCAAUAUUGUGGUGGUCAAAUUGGUCAAAUUGGUUGUAAACCUACACACGUCUAUGAAUGUAGCCCUACUGGCAAAACUUGUGAUUAUGGUUACCGUGUGUCGUGCGCUAACUGCGGGGCUUU